AUGAAUCAGGUGGUGGUGGUGCCAUAUCCAGGAAGAGGCCACAUAAACCCUCUCUUGAACUUCUGUCACUUGCUAUCUUCUCGAUUGAACCAACCUAAUCGCACCACCGUCUUCACCAUCGUCGUCACAGAGGAGUGGCUGGGAAUUAUCGAUCCAGACCGGAAGCAAGCUAACAGUAACAUUCUGUUCGCUGCUAUCCCUAACGUCCUCCCUUCAGAGCUCAAUCGUGGCUCCAACAUGAUCACAUUCCUCACUGCUGUUAGAACCAAAAUGCAACCUCCUUUUGAGGAGCAGCAUAUUGGCCGAUGUCCGCCUCCCAUGUUUUCCCUGAUGCACCACAUCGAUCUUCUUGAAUCGCACAAUCACCUUUACAUCGACGAAUCAGAGAGAGGACAUGAACACAUCGACUACAUUCCCGGAAUACCUUCAUUGACAAUAGCAGAUAUUCCGAUGGUAUUUCACGCUAAAUACGGCGAAAUGUUCAAGGGUUUGAUCCCGAAUCCUCUCGAGGUAACAAAAAAAGCAAAUUACGUCUUAUUAUCCACCAUUUACGAGUUAGAACCCAAAGUCAUCGAUGCCCUCCGUUCCAAAAUACAAAUACCCAUCUACACAUGUGGAUUAAACAUACCUUACUCCCAAAUCGAACCCAAUCUUGAAUCAUAUGGCUAUGGCCUCAUAAACUGGUUAGACUCUAAGCCUCUAGGUUCCGUCUUGUAUGUUUCUUUUGGUAGUUAUUUACCAGUGUCGAGUGCUGAAAUGGGUGAAAUCGCCGCCGGUUUAGCACAAAGCGGUGUUUAUUUUUUGUGGGUUGCGAGAGGAGAAACGUCGUGUUUGAAAGAAAUGUGUGGUGAAAAGGGGAUGAUGGUGGAUUGGUGUGACCAAUUAAGGGUUUUGUUACAUUCUUCGAUUGGAGGGGUUUUGGAGUCAUUGUGGGUGGAACUCGGUGAAAGAGAGUAUGUUUUCAGGAAGGAAAUGAGGGGUAUUGAGAGAGAUAAGAUAGCAGAAGUUGUGAGGAAGUUUAUGGAUUCUAAGAGUGUCCAGAGGUUAGGGAUGAUGGAGCGAGUGAAGAAAGUUCAAGAAAUUUGUCAAGAAAGUGGAUCAAGUGAGGAAGAUCUCAAGGCGUUUGUUAACGACAUGGUAACGAAUCAAAAAUCUCAAUGUAUUUGUUAA